AGUGGCAGGGGAUGAUUUCCUUGUGCAAAGGGUAAGAAGUAGGAGGGACAUCUCUGGCCGUGACCCCCUGGUCUCGCCCCUCUGUGCCUGAGCAUGCCUCCCUGGCCCCCUGGGCAGCCUCUCAUGCCCACAGGGCCACGCCCAGGCUGACUUGCCCUGCAGGACCCGGGGAAGGCGGGCACAGCCUGCCAGCCUUUCAGGCCGCGCAGCGACAGCAAGUGAGGCUUCGAGGGCUUUCAUCAGAAAAUUGUGGGUGGAAACUUCCAGGGGUUUGCUCUGAGCUUCUUGAGGCUUCUCAGCUUCAAAGUGAGUGGGUGUCUCUCUGAGAAGCCGAAACAGACAGAGAGAACGAAAGAGAGAGCAGCGAGAGAGCACGCGAGAGAGGUGUUUCCCUUGGCUAUGGAAACUCUAUAAGAACCAGCCGGGCUCCCUUCUCUUGAGCAGUCAGCAACAGGCGUCCCGGCCCUGAUCCUCCAGCCUCCACCGGACUGAGAAGUAAACCCGUUCGCUGGGGCUGGCCCGAGCCACUGACGGCCAUGCAGCAGCCCUUCAGUUACCCGUAUCCCCAGGUCUACUGGGUGGACAGCAGUGCCAGCUCUCCUUGGGACCCUCCAGGCUCAGUUCUCCCCUGCCCGACCUCUGUGCCCAGAAGGCCUGGUCAAAGGAGGCCGCCGCCGCCACCACCCCCGCCCCUGCCCCCGCCACUGCCGCCGCUGCCCCCACUCCCACUGCCACCCCUGAAGAAGAAGAGGGACCACAGCACAGGCCCGUGUCUCUUUGUGAUGUUUUUCAUGGUUCUGGUGGCCCUGGUUGGACUGGGGCUGGGGAUGUUUCAGCUCUUCCACCUGCAGCAGGAGCUGGCGGAACUGCGACAGUCUCUCCACCAAAGGCACACAGCAUCAUCGCUGGAGAAACAAAUAGGCAACCCCAGUCCACCUUCUGAAAAAAAGGAGCCAAGGAAAGUGGCCCAUUUAACAGGCAAGCCCAACUCAAGGUCCAUGCCUCUGGAAUGGGAAGACACCUAUGGAAUUUCUUUGAUCUCUGGAGUGAAGUAUAAGAAGGGUGCCCUUGUGAUCAAUGACACUGGGCUGUACUUUGUGUAUUCCAAAGUGUACUUCCGGGGUCAAUCCUGCAACAACCAGCCCCUGAGCCACAAAGUCUACAUGAGGAACACCAGGUACCCUCAGGAUCUGGUGAUGAUGGAGGGGAAGAUGAUGAACUACUGUACUGCCGGGCGGAUGUGGGCCCGUAGCAGCUACUUGGGGGCAGUGUUCAAUCUCACCAGUGCCGAUCAUUUAUAUGUCAAUGUGUCUGAGCUCUCUCUGGUCAAUUUUGAGGAAUCUAGGACAUUUUUUGGCCUAUAUAAACUCUAAGAAAAGCUCUUUUCUUAGAUUGGAUUCUCUCCAUUACAGUUCCUUGCUAGAGGCAAGGCAAUGGAUUCUCUCCACUACAGUUCCUUGCUAGAGGCACUGAGAAUAUUGUCUUGAAUGAGGGUCUUCUUAAGCCUAUUUGAGGUCAAGAAAGAAGACAUGAAUCUAGAGGACCUUGAGACCACAGGGUCCAGCAGCUCUGCAGCUCCUCAUCCCGGCUAAGGGCCAUGAGGCAGACAGGAGGAGGAAUGUGACUGAAGAACACAAAACUUUGGGCUGCCAUGUGAAGACACAGAGGCAUGGAAAAGCCUCUGCUACCAGGUGUCUACACUCAUCGUACAUGGCCGGGAACAUUUUGGCAUAUGGAAAAGAACACCUUUUAACUCACCUCUCAGGUGGGUCUACCUGCUACCUCAGAUACAUGGUUGUGACAUGAGUGUAUAAGGGAUGGAAAAGGAGGACAAGGCUUGCACAAUAAGCUAAUGAGACUGUGGGAGGCCAGUGCCUCACUGGCAUCAUCUUCACUUCUACAUAAAUGCAUGGGCUGAGCCAUCAUGUGAUGCUAACGGAGAAGCAAGAGGGAUCUUUUGGGGACUCGGUCCAUUUCCUACACAGACUCUGUAUUUCCAGUGCCAUUGUCAGGGUGUGUGUGUGUGUUUGUGUGUGAGUGUGUGUGUGUGUGUGUGUGUGAGACUAAAGAGUCACAUAAGUAGAGAGAAUGUGGAUAUUGUGAAGUCCAUGUUUGGGAAUUAUGGGUUGCAUUUGGGGGUAGAUUUUGAAUGCUUCUUGGUAUCCAACUCUAAUAGUCUUCAAACAUUGUCAGCUACUGAUGCUGUUUUCUUAU